CAUUCCUAACAUUAAUAUACGCCGUGUAGGUUGUCAGUGUAGUCUAUAGUGUAUUGCAUGGACCGUAAUGUCGCUUUAAUAUGGCCGAGUUAUUUGGCCUGUCAUACGUAGACACAUGCUCGGCUGUUGGGUUAGCAGCCAGAAACGGCAAUGUGGAGUUACUUAAAAGGUUGCUGCUGGAACAAAAGGAUUACUGCGUGAAGGAUAACAGGGGCUGGUUUCCAAUUCAUGAAGCUGCAAGCAAAGGCCAUACUGAGUGCGUUCAACUUUUAAUUGAAACAGCAUUAGAAAAUGGCGAAGUCCCUUCUGAGAUAUGGCCAUUACCGUUUGACGUUAUGGCCGCUGGAAGCCCCUUGUGCUUAGCUGUAGCAGGUGGGUAUCUUAACACUGUGGAAAUAUUGCUCAACCUUUGCCAAACUAAUGAGCCUGAUCUAUGUGAUGCUCUUAUGAGAAGUGUUCACUAUCCUGAUAUAUUAAAACUAAUAUUAGGUAAAUUUCCUGGGAUUAUUGUUAGUGAGUUAAUCGGUGAUGGAUCAGAAGGGUCCCCCCUUCAUGCUGCGGUAACUCAUGAGAAUUUAGAAAGUGUAAAAAUUCUACUGAAGGCUGAAAUAAACAUUGAGUUUAUAGAUGAUUUUGGUAGAACCCCUUUGCACAUUGCAGUCUGUAUUAAAGACACUCUGAAUAGAAUUGCAAUUACAAACAUAUUGCUUGAUAAUCACUGUAACGUUAAUGCUUGCGAUGAGAAACACUUUACACCACUGUACCUUGCAGUGCAGCGUGAUUAUACAGAAAUUAUUCAACUGCUGCUCAAUCAUAAUGCUGACCCUCACUUGUCAGCUAUGUGUAACUUUGGAAAACAUGAUAUAGAAGUUUCUCCUAUUGCAGCAGCUGCCUAUCUUGGCAACCUGCAAGCUGUAAAGCUUUUAGUGCAAUAUACAAGUAAAAAGAAACUUGGUUUGCUAAAAUCCUGCUCUCCAGUAUCAAUAGCUGUACAGGGUGCUUGUGCAGGAUGCUUGCUUGCAUUACUUGAUGCUGGCUACACCAUUGAUGGAUUAUUACCUGACUGUAUUGCUGCAGAUUUAACUGAUACUUUAUUUUACGGUGAAGACAUUCUUUGCAAUUUGCUACCUUGGUGUUUUGAGUUGGUUGAAACUGCCCAAGUGCUUGAGAUUCUCUUAUCACGUGGAGCUGCCUUGUCUGGUAAAUUUGUGGACAAAUCCAUGUUCAUUCCUAUGAUGAUUUCCUCUGAACAGCAUUCGUUUUACGUUUUAAAGGUUCUACUAAAAUACGGACUUCAUGAGAAAAUGUUAAAUAACGAGCUUCCUUCUUCUGCUCAGAAGAUUCACGUCAAAUUCUUCAAUGUUUUACAAAGUUCGCUUUUAUCUUCAAACGAAGAUGACGAAAAUGAUGAAAUUGAAAAUAUCAACAUUAAAAAACUAAACUUGUUGUUUUCUGUCAUACCAAACAUAUCAUUUAAAGUUUGCAGCAACAGUCUUGAUUUUACACAUGCUGAAAUAGCCAUGGUGGCUCCUAACCUACAAGAGUUAUGCAGAUGGACAAUUAGACAAACCAUGCUUCAAAACACUGGCCUGUCUGCUAUAAACAUGUUAAAUAUACCACCUUUGUUAAAAAGAUAUUUGUUUUAUUCCGAUUUGAACAGUAUGUAAUUUGUCAAACAAAUGCAUUAAGUUAGCUAAAUUGUUCAAAGAUUAGCAUUCACACUUCGGCAAUCUACCAGUGAAUAACUGAAGUUUUUAUUUUACAUUUCGUUAUUGCCGUAUUGACAGCCGAAACUAUUUUUUUCAUAUUUAUUUGUUCCAGCCUUCUUUUCACUCAGUUAAAACAUCUCACAGCCAUACACAGUUAGAUUUAAAUAUAAACAAUAUCGGUGUUACAG